AUGAGUGACCACUUGUGCGAUACAGUAUUUGGACAGAUAGUUCGUUUACUUUCAGGAAGGAAGUUCCUGAAGUUUCCUGAUGAACAGGAUCUGAAUCUGUGGGAUACGUUUGUUCGAAAACCGAAUCCGCCAGCUACCCGCGAUGAAGAAAAGGAUAGUGACAACAGCGGUACGCCGACAGGAGAUGGUAUAAGGAUCUGUCAGGAAGAAGAGUAUGCAGUAAAUACUCUAGAUUCUGCUCAAGUAUUAUAUUCCGAAGGACCGCACUCUUGGCGUCAAGACAUCCUGAAUCGCCAUGAAAGGAACGCAGAGGUCAUACUGGUGGAUUGGUAUGAUGCAAAAGACCAGGAGCGAGGUCGUAGCUACCCUUGGGUUGUCUCUCUUCGUACUGUAUGUAUUUACCAAAGUGAAGUCAAAGGAGCGCAUGUACUCAUCGUUCCAAUAACUAGUGGCUACGGCCUAGGACCGAUGCUCUUCUCCCCAAUGUCCGAAAUACCAACAAUAGGUCGCAGCAGAAUCUAUUUCUGGACCCUCUUCGCCUUUGUACUUCUUCAACUACCAACUGGGUACGCAAUCAAUAUGGCAAUGUUACUGGUCUUCCGCUUCCUUACCGGAUUCUUCGGCGGUCCCGUCCUUGCCAUCGGCGGUGCAACUAUCAUAGACAUGUAUCCGCCAAUCGAAGUUCCGUAUUGGAUCGGCAUAUACGGUGCUUCAGGGGUGCUGGGUCCAGUCCUGGGACCGCUUGUAGGGGGAUUCGCGGCACAAGCGAAGGGAUGGCGUUGGCCGAUUUGGGAGCUCACUUGGCUGUGUGCGGUCGUGUUGGUCGUACUCUUCUUCUUCAUGCCUGAGACAAGUGCCGCCAAUAUUCUAUACCGCAGAGCGAAGAGAUUGAGAAAACAGACGGGCAAAGCAACACUCAAAAGUCAAUCCGAAAUUGAUGCCGCAGAAGUAACAUUGAAGGAUCAUUUGGUCGUACUCGGUAGAGCUUUCACGUUGACCUUUUCUGAGCCCGUGGUUUUCUUCGUCGAUUUGUAUUGCGCCCUUUUAUACGGCGUGCUGUACAUCUGGUUCGAGUCCUUUCCCCUAGUCUUUGGGGAGAUAUACGGAUUCAAUAUAGGAGAGCAAGGGUUGACAUUUUUGGGCAUAUUCGUCGGCGGGGUGGUCACAGUACCCUGCUAUCUAUACUGGGUUCGUAACCAUCUGAUGGUCCGAUUGGCACAUGGUCAUUUCCAGCCAGAAGUAAUCCUUCCACCAACUUUCUUCGGAGCAUUUGCUCUACCCGUCUGCCUAUUCUGGUAUGGAUGGACCUCCCGCGAGAGUACUCAUUGGAUGGUACCACUUGUGGGAUCUGGCUGCUUUACCAUCAGCAUUAUCACGUUGUUUAUGCCGGUGCUGAGUUAUCUCGGUAUGGCUUAUCCUCAGUAUGCGGCGUCGGUACUCGCGGGAAAUACACUUUUCAGGGCUUCAUGCGGCGUGGUAUUCCCACUUUUUGUAAGACGCCUCUAUCAUAUAGACUUCCUCAAGUAAAAUGCUUCAAUUUGGCU